GCUAUGUCAUUUAAAAUGGCUAUUCUUUCUACUAUUGUUACAUAUAACCUGUUCCCCAAACUUGUUUAAUUUCUGUUUUGAAUUUAAAUGACAAAUUGACCACGAAGAAAAUGUGUCGCUGAUUUAAGGUAACGGGCUUUCAGCUUUGUGCACUGUUUAGUUGAAUGUGUUUGAAGAUAACAAGUGACAUGGAUGUUUUAUUGCCAAAUUACAAGACCGAACCCAUGGAAAGGAGUAAAGCCAGUUACGGAAACCGUCUUGAGAUAACGCAAAUGCACUUCUGCAUUUGCUGAUCGCACAAACGACAUUGCUGGUUCGUUUGAAUUCGUUACAAUUUUUGGGCUUUUUUAUUGUUUCGGAUGGUUGGAUUAAAGCAACAAAUUUCGUAUAUAAACCGCCGCUCGAACGAGGAGUAUGCAUCAGCAACAGUUCAGCUUGCGUAGAGGAUUAACCUACAACAAAGCAAUGAAACUGUUGAACUAUUUCGUAAUCGUUUCGGUGGCUAUUUGCCUCGUACAACUUAGUGUCGGGUUAAAGCUCUCGGACUACACCAAGCCGAGCAAGGAAGUUGGAAAACUCUUGCGAUCGAAGAAGUUGCCAGGAUAUCCGCAUGAGUACGGAUUUGGCUACUACUAUCAAGGAGAUAUUCUUCUGAGACCGGGCAAGAAAAACCGAUUUGCCAUUACCGAUCCAUUCGAUUUUGAUUUAUGGCCCAAUGCCACAGUGCCAUAUGUGAUCCAGGCCGACUUCACUGCUGGAGAAACAGAAACUCUUCUGGCGGCAUUUGCACAGUUUGAAGCGAAGACCUGUGUUCGGUUUGUACAGCGUACAGCGGAAUUGCAGUAUGUGACGAUCACUAACAAGAAAGAAGGAUGCUAUUCUAAUGUUGGACGAAAUCCCGACCCGGGUAAUAGCAUGCUGAAUCUGCAAACACCCGGUUGUAUGCGAAGCGUUGGUACGCCAGUGCACGAAAUGAUGCAUACGCUCGGAUUCCUGCACGAACAGUCCCGUCCCGAUCGAGAUCUUUACGUCGAUGUCUUCCCUGAAAACUUGAGACCUGAAUAUCAAAGUCCAGAGUUUAUAAGCGUUAAUUUUGGAAUAUAUGACGGACCUAGUACAACUUACGGCGUGCCAUACAAUUAUGGCAGCGUGAUGCACUAUUCACGUUUAGCCGGUGCUGCUUCAAUCAAUUCUCCAGUGCUGACAAACAAACAGGCUUGGUUCGGAGACUUUGGUAAUGAAGAUGGACUGUCGGAUGGUGAUGUGACACAGCUUUUGGCACGAUAUUGCGCGAAUAACAAUAUCCAAUGAGAAACAACUGAUUUGUACGACAUGAAAUAAACUAAGCUAGAUUGCAAUUGAUUCAAAAAUUUAGACUACAUUUAUUUGAAAGCAUGCAAUUUCAUGAACAACUGCGUUAGAUGUUAGGUAGUGUAGAACGGAAUGAGAAGGUGACAGUCAAAUAUUUGUUUUGAUCUAGUGCGAAUUUUCGUUGCGAUGGGAAUAUGGUAAUCGUUGGCCUUAGAAGUCGUUAAGCGAAUAGAGAGUAGAAGAGAACUCUGUUAAGUUCAAC